GGCGUCUGUCUCGCCGCUUCAGCACAGACCCCGGGCCCCUGGCAGGCAGCUGGACGCAUCCACGAGGGUCAGAAGCCCGGACAGACACCCUGGAGCAGGUGAGGGAGAGGCCACCAUGGAUGCGUUCAGCACCCAGAGCCUGGCCCUGAAGGCCCAGAAGAAGGUCCUGAGCAAGAUGUCGUCCAAGGCGGUGGUGGCCGUGUUCGCGGACGAGGCAAGCAGCCAGGUGCUGGACGAGCUGUACCGCGCCAGCAAGGCGUUCACGCGCAGCCGCGCCGAGGCGCGCCGGGUGCUGAAGGACCUGGUGAAGGUGGCCGUGAAGGUGGCCGUGGCGCUGCGGGCCGGGCAGCUGGGCGCUGAGCAGCUGGUGCAGCUGGGCCGCUUCCGGCGCCGCGCGCGCAGCCUGGCCAUGACGGCCGUCAGCUUCCAGCAGGUGGCCUUCACCUUCGACCGCCGCGUGCUGGCCGCCGGCCUGCUCGAGUGCCGCGACCUGCUGCACCAGGCCACCGGGCCGCACCUCACCGCCAAGUCCCACGGCCGCAUCAACCGCGUGUUCGGCCACCUCGCCGACGGGGACUUCCUGGCCGCGCUGUACGGGCCGGCCGAGCCCUACUGCUCCCACCUGCAGCGCAUCUGCGACGGCCUGGGCCGCAUGCUGGACGCCGACAGCAUCUGACCCCCUGCCCACGCCGCCGGCCACCCCGCGCACAGCACCCGGACUCUGCACGCAGCACCCCGACUCCACAGGCAGCACCCUGACUCUGCGCACAGCACCCCGACUCCACACGCAGCACCCCGGCUCCACAAGCAGCACCCUGACUCCGCGUGCAGCAACCAGCUCCACACGCAGCAUCCUGACUCCACACUCAACACCCUGACCCGGCACACACCACCCCGACUCUACACGCAGCACCGCGACUCCACACACAGCACCCCGACUCCGUGUGCAGCACCCCGGCUCCACACGCAGCACCCCGACUCCACACUCAACACCCCAACUCCUCAUGCAGCACCCUGCCUCCACACGCAGCACCCUGACUCAGCACACAGCACCCUCACUCUGCGUGUAGCACCCCAAGUCUGCACGCAGCACCCCGACUCCACAUGCACCACCCCGACUCCACACACAGCACCCCAACUUGGCAUACAGCACUGACUCCACACAAAGCACCCUGUGGCGUCAGCCCCCAUUUCUAAGCCCCACGUCCUCCCCACCACGCCCCCUGUCCCAUCCAGAUCCUCCCUGACCCAUCUUGGGGGUUCGGUUUGUGGUCUUGAGUCAGAGAGACCCACGGGGGUCAACCCAGGCAUUUGGUGGUCCAUGUCUGUCAU